CGUGCCGAAUGUGCGGCGGCCAAACGGCAGGGCGGCGGCAGCGGCGGGCGGGAGGCGCCAUGGCGGCGGGGGCGCUGCCCGGGCUGCGGCCCGCCCAGACGCAGCUGGAGUACGGCCUGCUGGACGCCGACAGCCCCCGCGACAAGGAGGCCUUGGUCUACGGCUACCUGCAGAAGGCCGACAGCCGGGAGCGGGACCUGACGGUGCCCGAGCUCGGCGGAGAUCUACAAUGGUUGAACACCGAAGGUCCUAUUUCUCUUCACAAAGACCUUUGUGGAAAAGUGGUGGUGUUGGAUUUCUUUACUUACUGCUGUAUCAAUUGCUUGCACCUGCUGCCUGAUCUCCACGAGUUAGAGCAGCAGUACUCUGAUAAAGAUGGCCUUGUUAUUAUUGGUGUCCAUUCAGCGAAAUUCCCAAACGAAAAAGUCCUGGAUAACAUCAAGAGUGCAGUUCUGAGAUACAAUAUUGUCCACCCUGUAGUAAAUGAUGCAGAUGCAACGUUGUGGCACGAGCUAGAAGUGUCCUGCUGGCCAACUCUCGUCAUCCUCGGCCCUCGUGGAAACAUGCUCUUUUCGCUUGUUGGAGAAGGCCACAAGGAGAAGCUGUUUUUGUUUACUUCUGUAGCACUGAAAUUCUACAAGGAGAGAGGACAAAUCAAGGACAACAAUAUUGGAAUAAAGCUAUACAGAGACUCCCUCCCACCUUCUCCCCUGCUGUUUCCUGGCAAAGUGACAGUAGAUAAUUCAGGAGAAAGGCUGGUAAUAGCAGACACUGGACAUCACAGGAUUUUGGUUACUCGGAAAAAUGGGCAGAUUCUACACACUAUUGGAGGUCCAAACAGUGGAAGAAAAGAUGGAAGAUUUUCAGAGGCAUCUUUUAACGCACCGCAAGGAAUUGCUAUAAAAAAUAAUGUUAUUUACGUAGCUGAUACAGAAAAUCAUCUAAUUAGAAAGAUUGACCUGGAAUUAGAGAUUGUGACUACUGCAGCAGGCAUUGGGAUACAAGGUGUCGACAAGGAAGGUGGAGCAAAAGGAGAAGAGCAGCCAAUCAGCUCUCCGUGGGAUGUGGUUUUUGGCAAUUCAGUUUCAGAGACCCAGGAAGACGAUGUUUUAUGGAUAGCGAUGGCAGGCACACAUCAGAUAUGGGCACUGAUGUUGGAAGGUGGAAAACUGCCAAAGGGAAGUGAUUUAAAGAAAGGAACCUGUCUUCGAUUUGCUGGGAGUGGAAAUGAAGAGAACAGAAACAACACCUACCCUCACAAGGCAGGCUUUGCACAACCUUCAGGUCUCUCUCUGGCUUCCGAGGAACCAUGGAACUGCCUUUUUGUAGCGGAUAGUGAGAGCAGCACCGUGCGAACAAUCUCUCUGAAAGACGGAGCAGUGAAGCACCUUGUAGGAGGAGAGAGAGAUCCAUUGAACUUGUUUGCCUUUGGUGAUGUGGAUGGAGCAGGCAUAAAUGCGAAGCUGCAGCAUCCCCUAGGAAUAACAUGGGACAAGAAAAGAAAACUGCUAUAUGUGGCAGAUUCCUAUAAUCAUAAGAUUAAGGUUGUAGAUCCCAAAACGAAGAACUGUGUUACCCUGGCAGGCACAGGAGAAGCAAGCAAUGUUAUUGGUUCCAGCUUUACACAGUCAACUUUUAAUGAACCGGGAGGUUUGUGUGUUGAAGAGAAUGGCUGCCUGAUGUAUGUUGCAGACACAAAUAAUCAUCAGAUUAAAGUGCUGGAUUUGGAAACAAAAAUUCUUUCCAUGUUGCCUAUCCUGAAUCCAGAAAUGUGCGAUGUUCCAGAUCAUCUGCCUGUGCAAAAGGACAAAACAGCAAACCUUCCAAAACUGCCUAAAUCUGCACCAAACAUUCAACUUCGUUCACUGACUGUAGCUCCCGGCCAGACAAUUCAGUUUUUAUUGAAGUUGACCCUCCCUCCAGAUUCAACACUGAAUGAAGAAGCACCCAACUCCUGGUUUAUCACGGCAGAAGAUAAUACAUGGUUGCUUCAAGGACAGAGUCUGUCUGGAGAAAUUAAGGAUGUUUCCUGUCAAACUGUCAUUCCCUUUCAGUUACCAAGGAGCUGUCUGUCAGCUGAAGCUGUCCUGGCUAUCAAAGCGUGCCUCUACUAUUGCAGCAAAGAUAGCAGUGCCUGUAUGAUGAAAGGAAUCUCAUUCAGUCAGCCUUUACAGAUAACGAGUGAAAACCAAGCCAGCUUGACUCAAGUUGAACUAACAUACACAUUUUUAACUAACUAACCCAAAGCCAGCUAAUGUGGUGCUAUAUGUUGCUGUCCACUGUAGGAGAAAAUAUGGAUAGAUAACUUUUCUCCAUUGGCCAUUUUCCUGGAGCUUAUGACAAACCUAAGAAAUAAUAUUCUUGGUAAAAUGCAGUAGAAUUCCUUACAGUUUAACAUGAAAAUUUAUAAUCACAACCUGAUUUCUUUUCAUUGCAGUAGAAACAAUGAUACUGUAAUACUUCAGACUCCAUUGCCAUUUGUGAAUACAUUGGACAUACGCUAUUCUAAGCGAUGAGCAAAAAUUUUUAGUGUCCUUUUGAAAGAGUUAUUAUUGCCUUGUGAUUAUACUGUAAGAAAUUCUUUGCACUAUACGUACUGUUAGAAUAAUUAGAUCAUUUCAGACUAAUAGUUACAGAUUCCUUUUGUGCCCUUAAAUUUUAAUAGAGUGUCAAACCUAAUAGUUUCUUUCUCCAGGCUAUAAAAGGAGCAUCUUGCUUAUUUUUCUGUAGUGGCGUUUAUGACACAUGUAUUUUGAAAAUACAUCUGAAACUAGGUGCAGCUCUAAUGUUAUGCAAACUGAUUGUUUUGUUUAACUAGAUAUGACUGCCUUAUACGAAGAGCACGGUUUCAUGGAAAAAUUUCUGUGAAAGGAAAUGUUUGAGUUCCUACAAAAAAAAAGUCAUGCUGAUUUCUAACAAAGAAUGUGCCUCUCUAAUGUGUGUGUAUAUUUGUAAAGAAAAAGAAAAUGCUGGAAUCUUUCUGAUAUAUACUGAUUUGCAUUUUAUGUAAGUGGUAGAAAAUGGUUGAUUAUCUAAUCUGCAAAAAUUAAAUGUCAACCAUUUCAAGCAGGUGAAUCACUUUCCUUUCCCACUUUUAUGAUUUCUUUGUAAAACCCAGCCUGAAGACUUCUGUCUUGGAAACAUACAAUAUUAAGAAUGAUACUACACUCCUAAAGUGUGAUUCAAAGUCUUUUGAAGUUGCUGUUUGUCCACCCAUUUGUUAUGGUGACCUCUGAAUCAGAACUGUACGUUUAAUAAUGGAUGGUUGCAUUCGUGUCUAGAGGUUCUGAGCUUUUGCUAGAAAACUGGUGAUUCAAUCUUUGAGUAAAGUGCUUUGAUUUGAAGUUUUAUUCCCAAAACUCUGCCUUUGGUGGUUGAAUGUUUUGCGAGUAAAAUUUGAUCAAUUUGCCAUAGGAAGUAGCAGGAGUACGGGAGAGUGUGCAAUUUUCUUACUUGAAUUGGAAGGAUUUCCACAGUGCUUAAGUGUAUUUGGAUUAGGUCCAGUGCUCUGAUUAUGAGGAUCAGUUCUGAGAAGAUGAAUUUGUUUUAAAUUUGAAGAUAGUAUUUUUACAUAUAGUAUGAUGUAUACUAAUGAAAGAAUUUUAUGUUGUCUUUUCUAAAGCAGUCACCAUUGUUCCUGACACCUGUCAGUAAAUCCCUGGUAUGAUUUGUUUUUGCUCUUUCCUAAUUGAAAACUGAUUGAAAUGUUGGUCAUGAACUCCAGAGGCUUUUGUUUUAAGGGAACCAUAUGGAUUGGUGUGGUUUUUCCUUCUAUUGAAAUGCCAGCAUAUCUGUGAGUUCUCUACAGGACCAGAAAUGGUAGUUAUCUCACCUGUCAGCAAGGCAAGGCCUGAACUAUUAUUUUCUUGUGUUUAUUUUUUAAGCAACUUUUCUAAUUCAGUGUUUCAGUUCCUUUGAGUAAACUUCUCAAUCUCACAUGCCAUUUUGAAGAAGGAUAAAGCUUUGCUACUUUGUUCACAGAUUGCAAAUGCUGUUGAAAGGAUGAAGGUAAAGAAACUGAUUAUGGGGCAUUAAUCACUUCUCACACUUUAUUACAAAUCUUUAAGAGUUUUUGUUGUUGUUUAUUUAACUUUGGGUGGUAGCCAGGAAACCUUAGAUAAGCUUCCAGCUAGCUCACAAUUUUUCUGUUGCUUACUGUAAAAAGCAAGCGUUAGUUUCAGAAGUUCAGAAUAACAAAUUAAAUUCUUAUAGUUAUCUUGAGUAUACAACUCAGCAGAUAGAUUUCUUUUUUUUUUUCUCUUAUUUCCAACUAAAAUAUUUGUCUGUUUUGAUUGGACAAGAUCAUCAAAUUCUACCUUGUAUUUUGGCAUACAGAAAAAAGUAAGUCUCAACAAAUCUGUUAUCUUAAUGACACUUUUUAAUUUAAGUAUUGCUUUAAUUAAAGUAGGGAAAGGCCACAUAUUCCUAACUUUAACUACAGUAGAUAGUGUUUAAAUAUAGUGUUGUAGACAUAUACAUACAUUUAUAUUGAAAAUAUAAACAGAUGUUUAAAGGUCAAAUAUCCUUUUCUUUUCAAGAUUCAGCUUCUAGUUACUGUGUGUAAAUGCAUUCAGAACCACUGUAGCUUAUUGGGAAGACAUGAUAGUAGAUAGUAGGAAAACUGUUGUGUAAGCAUCACGCUGAAGUCCAGGAUCAGACUGUAAAGGACCUUUAAAUAUUUAGUUGUAGCCAUAUUUUAAAUAAUGAAACAAUUUCUGCUUUACUAGCGGAGAGUAGAAAAAUGCGUUUGAACCAUUUUUUUUUCUUUCUCUGAAGUCGAUGUCUUGCAGCAGUUGACUGAAUCCUAUAUAAACUGAGGGGUGUAUACUAACCAGGGGGUUUAAUGGUGAACUUGGCAGAGCUAAGUUAACGUUUGGAACAGAUGAUCUUAGAGUUCUUUUCCAACCUAAAUGAUUCUGUGAUUCUGUUCCUAGAAUCUGUAAUGGCUUUAUCCUAAAAAAGAGACAAAAGGUGUGAGACCGUCUCAAAAACUUGACUUGAAAGAAAAGGUGAAUGUCCUCAAAUGCUUUUCCCCCUGCACCCCAUAAGUCCUAAACCAUUCUAUGCAAUAACCCCCGCAGUUUACAAGGGAGAGCUUCUUUCCCUGACUUUUCUUAGUGGGUUUCACACAAGGACACUGCUGUAAUCAUUGUCCAUCUUCUUAGGUGUAACUGAUUCUCAGUGUGCUCCAGUUCUUCCUGAUGAUGUUACUGGGGAUCUUCUGGUCCUCAGUCUGUGUGUUCACUAUGACUGGCGUUUAUCACAUAGCCUGUAUUGUUUGUCCAAGGAAUAGCACACACAGCACUGAGUCCCUCCUUAUGUUUCACUUGUGGCGUACAGACAUUUGAAUGUUCUAUAUUUAGAAUAACAUGCUUUUUAAAAGCUUAUGAUGUUUACUUUUAUUCUACAAAAGGGAUGCUAUUUCCAUUGCUUUCUCCAGGGUUUAUAAGAUGCUGUUACACUAAAGCAAGAAGUGCCAUAAAUGUAACCAGACAGGCAAAAACAAUAGCUUGUACAAGCUACAGAAGUUUCAGUUAAGUUACCAGAAACCAUCUUCAAAAUACAAUUCAGAAAAAUAGCAAAUUUUACUACUGUCUCUAAAUACUGAAAAAUUAAAUGGCUGCUAUCUUUUUGUAUGGUAAUGUAGUUUAUAGUGUUUCCUGAUAUAAAAAAAAUUCAACUACCAGCAUAUUGGUAUGGCUCAGCACUCCCAGAUUCAUAUCUUACAGUAACAGUAUGUAAUUCAAGGCCUUUUCAAAUCAUGCUUUCCCACUGACUUUAAUAGGUUUUGCAUCAGACCUAUAAAGUCAUAAAUUACUGUAGCAAAUCUCUAAAGAAUAUUGGUCAUGCUUGCAUUGUAUAAUGGAAAAAAGUUCAGAGGCGUUUGCAGUUUUUAGUUCUAGCAUUUGCUUUCCUGGAACAGCACUUUUUUUUUCUUUUUUUUUUUUGUUUGUUUGUUUAGCCAGAGUAAAAGUGCAUAUGGCUUUCAGUACAUUGUAUAUAUUCUUUAUGCACUUUUUUAUUCCAAUGGGCAAAUCUUGUAGUUCAAAGUAAAAGUAUCUUUUGUGAGAGCAUCAAGAAAAACUUGUUUCUUAUCUCUUGCUUAGAGGAGGGAGAUGAUCAGAACAAAGUGACUUCCCUUCUUGUACAGGGGCAUGUCCUUUUGCUCCUUUAAUUAUUGACUAUUCACUCUAGCAAAGAGAGUUGCAUUAUUGACCACAGUUUCAAGUUCUCUUGAGUUUUUGAUUCCUAACAAGGUUUGCUAUGCACAUGACAGCCUUAAAUGUUUGACUUUGUAGAGUUAUCAGUGAUAUAUCUAGUAUAAAAUGGCUUACAGUUUAGCAGACAAUAGCAGAGAUUUAUGUAUUUUUUGAAAAUUACUGUUCCUCCUUAACACUUACCUCAAAGACAUAUUGCAGCUAAAUUUCCACAGAAGUGUGUGUUCAUAAACUGUGUUGCAAAUCAAAAGUAAGUUUUCUUCACUGUAUGAUGUGUGAGGGAUGCUGUAACAGGUUGUGUGUGUGUGUCCUCCGGGCUGUAGUUCUUCUAACAGAAGAAUUUACCAUGCGUAGCAGUUUGUUACCUACCCUUCCUGAUGAUAACUGCACGCUCAAAUCUGCCAGCUCAGUUGUUUGUAUAAUCAGCUAAGAUAACCGAUUUGAGUUAGCAAAGAUCUAGUAUUUAAAAUUAACUAUAAUCAUUUUCACUGAAAAAAAGUUUGUCAGGGGUUACAUGAGCUUCUCUGUCCCUCAUCAGGAAGAUAUAAGAACAGUGAGAGUUAGUUGCAGACAGUCACUGCAAAAGUGAGACCUGUUGUUUUGUUUUUUAAUUGAACCAUCACUUCUGGCUUUGCAUUCUGCAGCAGAUCAUUAACUCAGAAAUAUUUCUAAUAAUAUCUUACAUUCUAUUAUGUUCAUAUAACCAAGCUUGACUACUGUCUUCCAUCAGGACCAGCUGUUCCUAUAUUUUUGUAGAUUUUGAACUAUCAUAUGUAAAAUCACUUACUCUUGUUAAAGAUCAGCUUUCAUUCGUAUUAAGGAUUCAACACAACUAUGACUUGAAUUUCUGGGUUUAUUUUGAUUUUUGUCAUAAUAUUGGAGGGGGUUUAGGGUGGGGAGAGGAGUUGGUCAGGUUUCUGUGUCUAUCUUUUCCUCCUGUAGCUUCCCCAGGACUGAAAUAUGGCCAGUAUCUUAUUACCAUAGAGGGAUCCAAGUAGGAUAAUUCCCUCCACCAGCCUCUUGCCCCUCCCCUGCUUUAGGGCAGGGGAGUAAAAAGAAAGUGCAAUAGGGCUUUUCCAUACAAGGACAAUGUUACCUGGCAGCUCACUCCGAACGGGUGCAAAUGAGGUGAGGGUUUCAAGAUGAGUCGCACGGCACUGAUCCUCAGAAUGGGUAGACCUAGUGUAUAUUGGCUUUCUGGAGUUACCUGCUUCCUAGGUCUACUCCUCUUUAUGACCUGUAAAAUUUUGCUCCAUACAGAAGGUGAGAAUUUUGCCCUUACUCUCACUGGAAAAAAUAUUUAAUCAAUUGAUUAAUUAGUGCUCUUUAUUUUAAGAUAACCUGCUAAUAGUUACUGAAAUCCAGGACCUGUCUAGAGCCUUCCGUACAGUUCUAGAGGACAUAAUCUUACUUUAAUGUUACCACGUCAGCUUCAUCAAACUCUACAGUGAUGCAGCUACCAUCAUUUUUUUUUACCUUUAUCUCUGGCCCUAUUCAAUGAAGUUCUGAAGUUGUUUCUAGAUCUCCUACAGCAUCUCAAACGUGAGUAGCCUAUACAUGGACUUUGUUGGCUCUUAGUUUCAGGAAACUGCAGAUUAAAUACUUGGGAGUAUUAGGUGAUUUGAAAGAUACCCCAGCUUGCUAUCUUAUUGAAGGUUGUGCUUAAUUAUUAUCGCAGGGUAACGUACUUUUGUUGCAGCUGAAAGGCUAAAACCUUAGAUAUGAGUUGAGUGUUUGUGCACCUAUAGUUACUUGUUGUUUAGUGUACUGCCUUGUUGGUCCAAUGCUUUCAAGGCAUACAAGAGGACUUUUUGUCCAACUGCAGGCCCUAGGGAUAAGAAAAAUAAUUACAAGUGUUUUUCAAGCCUUGCUUGGUUCCUUUAUAACACUGAUAAUUUUGAGUUAAAGAAAUCACACUUAUAGAAAUCUGUUUAUAAGUCUACCUUAACUUAAUGCUUUGUACUCCACAUGCCUCAGAAGAGCAAUAUUCCACAAUAUAUUUUUCCCCUCUUGACUAAGUAUUUAGAAACUCAACCCAUCUGGACAUUGUCAGACUUCAUAGUAAGCAAGAUAACUAUUCCCCAUUUGGUUUUAUGGUUUUUUUAAAAAAUAAGAGCUUGUACUUCACGUUUUUGAUGAAGCUGAAAUACCUGGUUUUGAACCACCCAUUCAAGGCAUGUGUGCUGAGAGUUGGCUGUUUCGGAUAACUUCCAGGUUUUAAAAUUUUGGAAUUGAUAGUUAAAUGGUGGAACAUAGCCAGCAUGGGUUCAUGAGGGGAAAGUCCUGCUUAAAUAAUUUAAUUUCCUUUUAUGACAAGGUUACUCAUCUAGUUGACCAAUGGAAGCUGGUAGGUGUGAUUUUGGGGGGAUUUUAGCAAGGCUUUCAGUAUUGUUUCUCACCUAUGUUCAGCAUACAGCUUGACAAGUACGCAAUACGAUGGGUGAACAAUUGGCUGACAGAUCAGGCUCAAGGGUUAUAGUAAGUGGAGUUCCAGUAAAUGGCUGGUGGCCUGUCACUAGUGGGGGGGCUUCGUAGGGCUCAAUUUUAGGACAGGCUCUCUUGAUUUUUCAAAUGAACUGGUUGCAGGACUCAAAUGCAUAGUAAGUAAGUUUGCAGGUGACGCUAGGUUAGGAGGAGUUGUUGAUUCCCUCAAGGGAAGAGAGGCCUGCAAGGAGAGAGUUCACAACAAAUUAAAGGUCUGAGCAAUCACCAACUCAGUGAAGUUCAGCAGGAGCAAGUGCUGGAUUCUGCAACUGGGAAGGGGCAACCCUGGGUAUACGAACAGACUGGGGAAUGAGAGGCUGGAGAGCAGCCCUGCAGAAAGGGAUCUGGGGGUUCUGGUUGAUGGCAAGUUGAAUAUGAGUCAAUACGUGUGUGCCCUGGCAGCCCAAAGAGCCAGCAGUGCACUGGGGUGCAUCAAGCACAGCAUUGCUAGCUGGUCAAGGGCAGGGAUUGUCCCCUGCUGCUCUACGCUGGUGCGGCCUUGCCUCAAGAACUCUGUGCACUCUGGGGCACAGCAGUAUAAAAAGUACAUAAAACUGUUAGAGAGUGCCCAAAGGAAGGUUACAGGGAUGGUGAAGGGCCUAGAGGGCAAGACGUGUGAGGAGCAGCUGAGGCCCCUUGGUUUGUUCAGCCCAGAGCAGAGCAGGCCGAGGGGAGGCCUCAUGGCGGCCUGCAGCUCCCUCACGAGGGGAGCGGAGGGGCAGGCGCUGAGCUCUGCUCUCUGGGGACAGCCUGCUGGAGUUCAAGAAGAAUUUGGGCAACUUCUCAGACAUAGGGUUUGAUUUUGUGAUAGUCCUGUGUGGAGCCAGGAGUUAGACUCGAUGAUCCUUUUGGGUCCCUUCCAAUUUGGGAUGUUCAAUGAUUCCAUAACAGAAAUGCUAAAUGUUUUAUAUCUACAGUGUCUAACUUCAAAAAUACUCAGUCUUGCUUUUAAAAGAAAAUUAGUGCACUUAAAGCUUUCUCUUCUGUAAAUCAUUAUACUGUUAAAUUAUGAUGGAUUUGUGUGAUUUUGUAUAGAUAUUAAUAAGGAAAAAUAAGGUAAUUGAAAAACUGCAACCAGGUGAAAUGCAGGCUCUCUCCAAGGUUACCAACAACUAUCUUUAGGGCCAGUAGUUCAGUCCAAUGUGACAGAAAUUCUGCAUUUUCAUUACAUCAUGAUGAGUGAAGGAAGAAAUCAGUGCCUUGAAUAAAAAUACUUGAAAGUGUGUAUUUGUAGAAAAGCUGGAGUGUUGAUUGAAAUGAGGUAUUUAUUUGACCUUCAUGAUUUGUGAGUUUUGUGUUGUUUUUUAAAAUUCUGUACUAAUUCAGAAACUGUAAAGUUUUUUUCACUGUUAUCUUAUAGAAUUAAGUUGAAAUUGAAGUGCUUUUUAUUUGAGCUACUCUUCCUGUGAAGUACUUUUACUAUCAAAAGGCUUUUUCUCUGUCUUGCAAACAUACCUCUUAUGUACAUUUAAAAACAUCUUGCAGAAGUUGGGAUGCAAGUGAGAUGGAGGUUAAAACUUUAAUUUAGAAGGGCGAGGAUGAUUCUUCUUGGCAUUUGAGGGACAGGGAGUUGGUCUGCUUUUUUGUUGUUGUUUUUUUUUUCUUUUCCUUUUUUUCUUCUAUAAGCAAAGAUUAUUUAAACAGCAGAGGGCUGUGUAUAGAGACAGCUAUGAAGGGUCUGGUUCUCUCACUGUGAAACCAUGUAACUUCAUUUAGGUUCUGAUGUUGGGAUGUUUUAAAAUCCCUGCAGUAUAGCACUAGUGAAGAAAGUCACAGCUGAGCACUUAACACCUUAGUACAUGGCUUAUAUUGUUUAGAUGGAAAGAUGGGGAGUAUUUUUUUUUUUCUUCCUUGAGUACUACAGUGUUGCUUUAAGGACAUGGGAAUAUUUUUGUCUGCUCUUUGAGAUACUAAACCUCUUUUUUUCCAUUGCAUGUGAUGCAAAGCCUUUCAAAUAUCUGAACGUUUAAAAGGUAUGUUUUAUAUUUGUUAGUACAAAGUAUGUGAAGAAUUAGAACUGAAAGCACAUCAUCUGCAGCUGAUGUAGAUUGUGGAGAUUCUUCAUACACAGCAUCACCUAAUAGAGUUCUUAACAAUAUUCAUGGGUUAUGAUCCUUUUUAAGUAAAAGGUAAAUGUCCUGUAAUAUUAUGAGAACAAAUAAAUACACUGUGGAAGAAAUGCUAGCUUCAGAUUUCAAUUCAGCAAAUAAACAGUGAUUGAAGAAUGUAUUCUCUCCCCUAUGAAGCCUAUUUCUCCUUGUAAAGCUUUUUCAUGGAAAAAUAAACAUUAAAAAUUGUAUCUUUUCUUUCAAAUCUUGGCUUGCCUGUCAAUCUUUACAUCAACAUAGAUGUGGAAGUAAUGAAAUGUGUGUGCCAUAAGGCAUUGCAACUUGAUUAAAAUCUUGUAAACAAC